AUGGGCCGAAAAUCGAACUGUUGUGGCUUAUCGUGGUUUGUAAACGAUGGAAUCGGCAUUGGAUGUGCAGUUUUUACAUAUUUACUUAUAGCGUAUGCCGAGUUUGUGGUUGUAUUUGUGAUGCUACUGCCUGAGGUUGUAACUUCAGCUGCGAUCGGGGUUUUCCACGCCAUCGCUUUUACUCUGUUGGCGGGUCUUGCGCUUGUUGCCCAUAGUCGAGCGAUGUGCAGUGAUCCAGUAAGUCUCUGCGGCUAUAGUUUUACUGUUUCUCCAGUAUUUAGUUUAUGUGCCUCACUGAGCUUUAUAGGUAUGACAGCGUGUUUACUUUAAGUUUAAAUUAAUUCAUUGAAGUCACUAUUGUGAGAUAGGAGUCUUUUUGGAAUUAACACGUCUGUUUUAGACUAAUAGAAAUUCACCGCUUUUUUGCACAAUCUGGAUUUUUUUACUUGUUAUUCCUUCCUUUGUUGAGUAGAUUUUUGUCAAUGUAAACAAGCAAGUUUCUGCUAACAUUAGCCAGUUAACAAUGUUUUUGAUAGACCUUUCGCGGUUUCAUUCAUUCUUAGACAUCGAUCAGUAAACUUGAGUGGAAAUUGAAUCGGUAUUUCUGGAAAGAGCACUGCAAAAGCAAUAUCAGAACAAAAUUUUUCGAGUGAUUUAUUAGAAAACUUUAAGAAGAUAUAGCUGCUUUAAGUCUAAAAGUUUUAUCAAGUUUGUAUUGGUUGGAGGAAACAUGUGCCCCACCAGACUACUUUAGGACUUUUCAGAGUCAUCUUUGUUAGAUAUCAACUAAUUGCAGUCAUACUGGAAAGUUUUAUCAAUUUUAGGGAGCUCAGUUAACUAUGUUGAUGGAUUUCUGUUAAGUAAUCCCUGUCAAAUAAUGGAAAAAAUAAAUGUUACAUGGUUACAUAAUAAUCUUAAAUGUGUUUACAUUCACCAGAGAAUGUCAAACAAGUUUUUUUUUUCUUCAUCAGAAGUUUCUUUUAAUUAAAUCUUGAUUCUCAAAAUUAAUAUCUUGGAGUCUUUGAUCAAACAGGAGAAAUAUCCUACACACUUGUAACUUGUAUGUUUGUAUAUUUCUGUAGGGUACCAUCCCUUUAGGAAAUUGCACUACAGAAAACUUGAAGAAGCUUCAAUUAAAAGAAGGAGAAGUAGUUCUAAGAUGCACUAGAUGUGAGUGUAUCAAGCUUGAUCGAGCUCACCACUGUAGGUAUGAGUAUUUGGCAACUUUGGUGCCAAUUAAUAUCAGGCCUUUCUAGAAAUACCUUACUGUGUCAUGAUAUUUGUUAAUGUGCAAAGAGUUUCUGAGAUAUUUGACAAGCAGGGGAUGCUUAGAAAUAUUACAAGCAUUAUUUUCUGUGCCGUUUUCUGUGCCAUUUUCUUGAAACAUUAAGACAUAUCUAAGUUGGAACCAGAGUGUUUUGAACAGAUUGUUUCAACCAAAGAUUGUAUUCCAUAUCAUCAGACAGUUAGAGGUGGAUACUGAUAAUAUCAGUCAGUCCUGGAGUUGUUUUUGUCCUUAUUUCCACAAAACUGCUGUGUUGUCGACAGAUAAAAUUUGGGCUCAAGCAAUUCCAAAUUGCAAGAUGUGAAGACAGUUUUUGUGAUAUUAAGAAAAGUUUUUGAGCACCUCUGAAAAGGCAAUCAAGUGAUUUUUCAUGUUCUCCAGAAAGGACAUACUAAUAUUAAAUGACUAUAUUGAAUAAUAUACUGACCUUUCGGUCUGCUUUCUAUUUUUGGUAACUACAGCACUUGUCAGAGAUGUGUUAGGUAAGUCCUUUAUUUUAGUCAGUUUUAUCAACCCUUUUCUCCCCUCUAGCUGCUACAUAGUUCCUUGUAAAUUAGUUUUGAGAAUUUGGUGUUAGAUUGAGAUAAAAACUUUUUCCUGACAAGUCUGAGUAUUCUGCUUACCUGUUUGCUGGAUAAUGUAUGAUAUUAUAGGGAAAAGUUGCUUGUCAAUCUCUUCUGGGAGUUAAAGGGUUAACUUAUGAAUAAAGGGGGCAAGUUUCUAAAGAAACUGUGGUGCUGUGUCUGUGGGAGAGUGUAACAGGGUAAUUUAGUAUUAUCAACUGAGUUGAUAACGUAAAUUGGCCACUGUUAAGAGUUUGAAAGCUAAUGGAGGAAUUGUGGGUUGUGUGUGUCUAUACAUGUAUGCAGAAAAUGGAGGUACACUAUCAGUGGGAAUAUGGUGACCAGAAAACAUGAAUAAAUUAGUUGGAUGAAAAGAGUGCCGAUUUGAAUGAUAAAAUUUUGUCCUAAUGUUUUACAGCUUUCCAAAUUGCCUAGAUGUAGGAAAAGGUCACAACCUGAAAUAUAGUGCUUAGAAUGAUAAGGGGGAUUAAAGUGAUUGGAGAUUGGAUUAGGUGUGUCCUUGUCAUUUUUUUCUAUAUCAGGAAGGUAGAAAAAAAAAGACAAAGAUGUUGCCAAUUUACGUUAUCAACUCAGUUGAUAAUACCAAAUUACCUCAUUAAGUUAUGAUCUCAUUUAGUGAAGACUAGAAUGUUAGAGAAGCAAAGAGGAGCAAAAAAGACCCAAUAAUAACGUUAAGACUGGUUUGCUUCUGGGAUCUAAAGAGCCAAAGUCAGCUACUGGAUUUGAUCUGUUGCAUGUCUUGUUAAGAUCCUGAUUUCAGUUUCUUUCAUUAGCAAAAUCAAUCAUGACUAAGAAAGAAGGAAUGGAGAUGACUGUAGAUUUAGAAGCUUAGCUUUUGACCGUGAGCAACUUAGUACAAACAAAUUUGCAGCUAAAAUUUUCAAAAUGAAUGAAUUGGAAUCCACAUUGGUCCCUCCAUGGGUAUAUUGUAACUCCUUUGAGAUCCUUGGUGAUCUCUGGGGAAGGGUUAGGCCAGGUUUGUCAGAGCUAAGAUAUGCCUCUAUCUGUAAAUGAAAAGUUCAUGGGGAAAAAUAGCAAUGAAGUAUUCAAAGAAGGUUUAUUUUUUUCUUAUGUUUCUCAGGAAAAUGGAUCACCAUUGUCCAUGGUAUGCUAAGUCUUAAGUACAUUUAUCAAAAUUUUAACUUAUAUAUAUUCAUGUACAUUGAAUUUGGUGGGUUAUAUGCAUCCACGUUUAACCACUAAUAAAGUGGAGAGUGAAGGGGCCUGUAUACAGUAUACAUCAUUUGCAAAGACUAUUAGAUUCAUACUCUCUAAGAAAAAAAUCAAAUGUUGUGUUGUCAUUAAUGAAAUUAACAUUAAUGCAUUUACCUAAAGAGCAUUUUGUCUCUUAAAGUUUGUCAUAGUUUUGGCUAAUUGGUAACAGAAGUUUUGGGCCGUCCAACUCUGUCUAUGGCAAAACAAGGGACUAACAAAUCAGAGUCCAGUGUAGACUCCAUUUGAUCCUUGGUCCUUUUUUUUUUUUUUUAAUAUCCUAAAUUAACAUGAUUGGCAGAGAGGGCGUGUGAUGUUUCUUUGCAUGCAUAUCCUAGGAAAAAAUGAUGAAAAAUCAAUGAAUUGUGAGUAUGUAAGUAUUUUUAAAUUUCCCCAAUAAUAGCAUUUUGAGCUUGUUCUUCUCUUUAUAGGAUAAAUAACUGUGUGGGGGAAGACAAUCAGAAAUUCUUUGUGUUGUUUACAGUGAGUAUGAUCCACAUUCUUGUCAUUUAACCCUUUAACCCUAAGAGGAUCUAAGAGCAAUUGGAAACUAAUUUCUCCUUGGAAUAUCACCCAUGAAUCAAACAUUAGGGUCACAAGAAUAAAGGAAUUGAUCACCAACUAAAGAAGUUCUUGAUUGUUCAACAAAUUCACCUUGACAGCUUUUUAGAAAAUGUAUGGUGAACAGUAUGGAGAAUGUGCUUAUUGAUGUUAAGGUGUUAAGGGUUAAGUGUACUUCAAAGAUUAAUAAAAUUGGAUGCUGUUAAAGUGAUUUGGUGCCAAAAGUCUUAUUUCAUGUUUUGAUUCUUUUUCAGAUGUAUAUUUUUUUGAUAUCCAUAUAUGCAUUGGUUUUGACGAUACGACAAAUACUUAUAUGUACAGAAAAUGAAUGGCAUGGUGAGUAAUGUGAUACUGCCGUUGGUGACUGCAAGGACCUUCCACUAUAUCAGAACAGCAGUGAGAUUUUUGUCAGACCCACUGGUUGUUAGCCUGUUGUUUGUCUUAAACAAUAUAAGUGGGACUCCCCAUGCUUGUUUUCGAACACCAGCUUCCUGACUUGUAGAUACCUGAUAUAAACCAUAGCUCCUUUAGAGAAACCAGGCAAGCACCAUCAAGAUCACUACUGAACCAUUCAAUGUCUUUUUCUAUCUCUCUCUGCAGAUUGCACCUUUUUACCAGUAGCCUCAGCCAUUUUAUUGAUGAUUUUUCUAGUCUUUGAAGGAUUAUUAUUUGGGAUUUUCACUCUUGUUAUGUUCUGCAGUCAAGUAUCCUCAAUAGUUAAAGAUGAAACGGUAAGGACUCAUAUACAUUAAAAAGAUCAGCCAAAGCUACCUAUCCACUAUCAUUCAAUAGUAGCCUUAUUUUUUACCCUAAUUAUUGUUUUUACAGGGAAUAGAACAUUUAAAGAAGGAGAGAGUUAUCAAAAAGAAUUCUGUGUAAGUAACAUGUGUUGUGGGAUACUUUCCAUGUCUUACAAUCUGUAUUUUUAUCAAUUUUUACUCUACUCAACAAUUGAAUUUGUCAUCAUAUAUAGCAGUUUUAAAUGAGCAUUGAAGGUAAUCUGGGAAUGUAUUGAUUAUGCUCUGCUUUUGGCCACGAUUGAUUGAAAAAAAUCCUCUCAACAAGAUACAAAACUUCAAACAAUCAUGAGUCAUGGAAUGCAACACAUCCAAACGAGUAAUGUAGGGGAUACAUUUGCAAAUGUCUCGGCGUUAGCACGGCCUCGGGAAUCUGGGAAGAGCAUGCAUCUCAUAAGGGGUGAUGUUUGUGUGGAUGAUGGGUAAUUUUUUCACGGACAUGUAUUGUGGAAUGUCUCAUCAAUUUAAUUUUAAAAGAUGUUUUAUUUUUCAGGUAUGAGAAUCUUCAAGAUGUUUUCGGAGGGUAUUUUUCUAUUUCAUGGUUUUCACCUUUCACUUCGGCUCCCUUGCGACGAGCGAACUUUACAUUUCACGACGUCUGACAGAAUUCAUUUAAGAAAACACGUGAAGGGAUGAUGGAAAGCCUGUGGUACAUUAGCCUAAGUGUACAUUUUGAAUGCAGGCUAUUGCAUCGCUCAAAGGAAAGAGUUCAUGUAGCAGUCAAAGCCUACGGCAAAAAAAGUUGUAAAUUUAUUUUCAAUGCUCGUUGAGCGAUUUUAAAAGCUACCGCUCUUUGUUAUCCAAUUACAAGAUGCCACAAAUAUACGGAAUAUCCUCUUCAUGACGUUAUGUUGCCUAGCAACUUCAGGGACGAAAACCGCGGGCUCAUCUGGUCUCUGAAAAAAGAAAAAUUAAAAAAAAACAAUAUCGUUCUCUUUCCGUUCUCUUUUCAUCCUCUUUUCUUUCUUGGAUUGAUCUGAAACUCAAAAGUAUUUUUUCCCGUUCCGAUUAUGCAUGUUGGCGUAAGCGACGAAAACCGGUGAUCUUUUAAUCAAGAAGGUAUUGUUUUCUUCCUUUUUUCGCCACAAUUCGUAGUAACUUUAAAGGUUGUCUUUUAAUCCAAAUUAAAUUUGAAAUUUACCGUCAAACGAGUGUAUUUCGAGAAUCACAGCUUACUUUGAGUUAGAGUUUUCUGGUCUAAAUUUAAAGUAUAUUAGCCCUUUAACCCCUUACAGUGACUAGCAUCCAAUUUCUCCUUACAAUAUCACCGUGAAUCACACUUCAAGGUCAUGAGAUUGAAGGAAAUGAUCACCAACUAAAGCAGUUCUUGAUUGUUAAUAAAAUUCUCCUCGUGCGUGCCAUUGGAAAUGUAUAGUGAAGAGUAGGGAGAUUAUACUUACUGAUGUUAGGGUGUAAAGGGUUAGGUAAUGAUACUUGCAUAGGACACAACUCUUAAAAUAGGAAAGAAUAAGUAAAUGCUAUGUA